UCUGAACUGGCGAGGUACGACUCGAGACAUUAACACGCCACUGGAAUGAAAAGUUCGGUAUCAUUUAUUUUUUUGCUUCUGGGGUUCGUGGUUUGCACAGGAGCGAACCCUUGUUGCUUCCAUCCCUGUCAGAAUCGAGGUGUCUGUACGGAAAUGGGCUCAGACUCGUAUGAAUGUGACUGUACACGGACUGGAUAUUACGGUCAAAACUGCACAACACCCGAGUUUCUCACAUGGGUGAAAGUCUCUCUGAAGCCUUCUCCUAACACUGUGCAUUACAUUUUAACACACUUCAAAAGCUUGUGGAAUAUUAUCAACAACGUGUCAUUUCUGAGAAACGGCAUAAUGCGAUACGUCCUAACAUCACGUGCCCAUCUGAUUGAUAGUCCUCCUACAUUCAAUGCUGACUAUGGUUACAAAAGCUGGGAAGCCUACUCAAAUCUCUCCUACUAUACUCGCACAUUGCCUCCUGUCCCGCGUGAUUGCCCAACGCCAAUGGGAGUCGCAGGUAAGAAAGAGCUGCCAGAUGUGAAGAUGCUGGCGGAGAAACUGCUUCUCAGGAGGAAGUUCAUCCCAGACCCUCAACGCACUAAUCUUAUGUUCGCUUUCUUCGCCCAACAUUUUACUCACCAAUUCUUCAAAUCUGACAUGAAGAAAGGUCCAGCUUUCACAACAGCCCUGAACCAUGGGGUUGAUUUAGCCCAUAUAUAUGGACAGAACCUUGAUCGGCAACACAAGUUGAGACUUUUCAAGGACGGCAAGCUGAGAUAUCAGAUUCUGGAUGGUGAGGUUUAUCCUCCAACAGUCAGUGAGGUUCAAGUAGAUAUGCACUACCCUCCUCAUGUACCUGAGUCUCGUCGAUUUGCUGUGGGUCACGAGGCCUUUGGGCUGGUUCCCGGACUCAUGAUGUACGCCACCAUCUGGCUGCGUGAACAUAACCGAGUGUGCGACAUACUAAAGCAGGAGCAUCCUGACUGGGAUGACGAGAGGCUGUUUCAGACCUCAAGGCUCAUCCUUAUUGGUGAGACUAUUAAAAUCGUGAUUGAAGAUUACGUCCAACACCUUAGUGGAUACUAUUUUAAGCUCAAGUUUGAUCCCGAACUACUCUUCAAUGAGCGUUUCCAAUACCAGAACAGGAUCUCCUCUGAGUUCAACACCCUUUACCAUUGGCACCCCCUUAUGCCUGAUGAUUUUCACGUCCAGGAUGAAGUCUACAAUUAUCAGCAGUUCCUCUUCAACACUUCUAUCCUGACAGACUAUGGCGUCAACAGCUUGGUUGAGUCCUUCAACAAACAGAUAGCUGGAAGGGUGGCUGGAGGGCGUAAUGUAGCACCAGCAGUGUUAAGGGUGGCCAUUAAGUCGAUUGAAAACAGCAGGCAAAUGCGCUAUCAAUCAAUCAAUGCCUACAGGAAACGCUUCAACAUGAAGCCAUACAAAUCCUUUGAAGAAAUGACAGGAGAAAAAGAAAUGGCUGCUGAACUUGAAGAGAUGUACGGAGAUGUGGAUGCUGUGGAGCUUUAUGCUGGUUUGCUGGUUGAAAAGCCCAGAUCCAACGCCAUCUUUGGGGAAACCAUGGUUGAGAUGGGUGCCCCCUACUCCCUCAAAGGACUUAUGGGAAAUCCCAUCUGUUCCCCAGAGUACUGGAAACCAAGCACCUUUGGUGGGAAAGUGGGCUUUGAGAUUGUGAACAGUGCCUCUCUACAGAACUUAGUUUGCAAUAAUGUCAACGGGCCAUGUCCUAUGGCGUCCUUCUAUGUGCCUAAUGUAAAAGAUUCCUUACCCACCACUAUUAAUGCAAGUACGUCCCAGUCAGAUCGAAACGUCAACCCAACAGUUUUACUAAAAGAAAGGACAUCUGAGCUCUGAUUGGUGUAUUCUGUUGUAAAAGUAUUUGUUAUUUAUUUAUUUAUAGGAUAUUUAUUUAAUUUAUACAUCAUAUUUUUUACAAAUACAAUGUUAUUUUAUAGACUAUUUAUUAAAUAUGUAUUAUAUGUGUUUUCAGCACUGCCAGUUUGUUUAUUUUGUUGUGUUAUGAAUGAUAUACUUGAAUCACAGUCUUUUACCAUGUUUAAAUUAGUUUCAAGUUGUUUGUUUAACUUAGUUACCACAAUGAAUCAUCUCAAGAUCUCAGAAUA